AUGGAGGAAAUAAAAUACAGAGGAAAGAAGAGAGAGGGAAGACACAGGGAUACAUGGGAUCCAUUCCAGCUCAACCCAAUAGGAGCUGAGAAGGAAUCUAAGAGAAGAUGUUUCCAAAUAUGCCAGUACCUGGUGGCUGUUAUUGUUGGGUUAGCUGUCUUGACCAGCGCCAUUCUUGCGAAGGGCUCUCUCUUGGUGUUGUCAACCAUGUCCAGUCCGACCUCCUUGCGAAGCCCAAAGGAAAAACAGUUCUACAUGCUGAUGUUGGUUUUCUGCCUGGUCUGGCCCAACUUCCUGGUGUUUCUAAAAUCCCUCUGGAGGUGUGCCUUCAAAAGCUUUGUACAGCCCAACAUGAAGACCAUGUCAUGUAUUUGCGCCAUUGAGUGUCUGGUGUCUCUUGGUACUUCAAUCAUGGUGCUAGUUGUUAUGCCACAGUUUGAUGUGAUGACCAAUCUCUUCAUCAGUGGAGGAGUCUGUAUUAUGUCUGCCAUUCUACAGAUAGUAUUCAGACUACAGAAAGAAUCUUGGAAAAUCCUGUUCCCAACCUGCUCCCUCAUUCUUACAUGUGCUGGUUACUGCCUCCUGGGGGUUGACCACUAUGUCCGUGUAACAUCAUACGUGGAUCGACAGAGCGCUGACUGCUUUAUCUACAUUGGAAUUGGAAUUUUCUCUUCACUCCUCAUUUCCCUCUGCUGGUGGGAAAAUCCGCUGCAAGCUACUAAUCGCAUGCAGGAUACACUGACAGAAUUGGAUGGUUUCCGGGACUUUGUGUUUGUCAUCAGCAGCAUUCUGAGGAUAAUAGUGAUAGGAGCGGUAUACCUAAUCUACCAUGUGCUGAUUGAGAAAUCCAUCACCUGGUCAGACUUUAACCUGCAGAAUGAUGGAGGGGAAUUACUGCAAAUAGGACUUGGACUGUUUUUCUUGCAGGCCUUCUGCUCAGCAGCCUGCCACUGGUUUGGAGUGGUGGCCUGUAAGAUUCAUGCAGUCAAGAUGAGUUUUGCGCUGCCAGUAUGCUUCACAGGACCUGCAGUGCUACUGUUGGGACUGAUACUUUUCCUAACCCAGGUACAAAAAUUGGACGGAGCAGAGCACGGGAGCAUCACAGAGUUUUGUGAAAGCUUGGCCUUCUUGAGCCAUAAGAACACAACCCCUGUGAUUUUACUGGAAAUCACAAGGAGCAUUUGUCGAACUUCACUCAACAGCUAUUACUUGCAAUGGCCUUUUUCAAUGCUGGCACUGGAGGGAGUGUGUAUGUGGUCGGGCUUCGUCACGUGUACCUACUAUGUAUGGAAGACCAAGGUCCAGCGUAUAGAGAGAACCUCCCAGCUCUUUGUUCGUCGGCUCUAUGAAUCUGCUUUCAUCGACCUGUCUCUGCUACUCAACACCAAGAUGAAGGUGCCACGAGCCCGAAACCAAGAGAGCCACGAUGACAUACAGAACUGUGUGAUCUAUCUUUGCGCCACCAUGUGGCAUGAGACCUAUGAUGAAAUGCUUAAAAUUCUCACCUCCAAGUUCAGGCUGGACCGCUAUCGAGGUGAUCCAAAGGAGAACCAUAAGGACUGUUUUGACUUUGAGUGUCACAUUUAUGUAGACGAUGCCUACAUGACUGAAAAGGAAACAGGAAAGAGGCUGGUUAACUCUUACGUUACUGACUUGAUCCAUGUUGUCAUAGAGGUUUACAGGGUGUUUACCAACAAAGAACCAGAUGAUGUGGCAAUUAUUGAGACCCCCUACGGUGGCAGGCUGAUGUUUGUUAUGCCAGAAGGCAACAUGCUCUAUAUUCAUCUAAAAGACAAAACUCUCAUCAGGAACAAGAAAAGAUGGUCCCAGAUUAUGUAUAUGUACUAUCUACUCGGCUGGAAGGGCUACAUCGUCAAGAACCCUCAGAAGAUCCCGCGCCAGAAUAACCCAUGCAGAGAGAGCAUGGUCUCUAUGUAUGGAGAGAUUUUUCUGUUGCCUCAGCACGACAAUGACCACAAGAGAAAAUUCAUCUCAGAUGACAACACUUACAUUCUGGCUCUGGAUGGAGACACAGACUUCCAACCUAAAGCUGUGAUUCUGCUUGUAGACAGGUUGAGGAUGUACCACACCGUAGGUGCAGCAUGUGGUAGAAUCCAUCCUACUGGCAUGGGUCCCAUGGUCUGGUACCAGAAGUUUGAAUAUGCAGUAGGCCAUUGGCUACAGAAGACAUCAGAGCAUGUGUUUGGCUCCGUGCUGUGCAGUCCAGGGUGUUUCAGUCUCUUUAGAGGAUCAGCCUUGAUGGACGAUAAUGUACUAAAGAGAUACACAACUACCGCAACAAGAGCUUCGGAAUACGUGCAAUAUGACCAAGGGGAGGAUCGUUGGUUGUGUACUUUGUUACUGCAACAAGGGUGGCGUGUUGAAUACAAUGCCGCAUCGGAUGCAUACACCAACUCACCAGAGGAGUUCAAAGAGUUUUAUAACCAGAGGAGAAGAUGGGGUCCAUCUACAUUGGCUAAUACCCUGGACCUUCUGCACAGUGGUGCAGAGACUGUGAAGAGAAACUCAUCCAUCUCCAGGCUUUACAUCUUCUACCAGAUGUUCACCGUUGGUUCCUCCAUCCUUGGUCCAGCCUCUGUGACUCUGAUGAUAGCAGGUGCUUUCCAGUUUGUCUUCAAAAUAGCUGGAACAAACUCCAUCAUCAUCUCAUGCGUUCCUCCUGUGUUCUACGUCAUCGUCUGUUUCGUAGCCAAGUCUAAUAACCAGAUAACCAUUGCUGCCAUUAUGAGUGUUCUGUAUGCGUUCCUCAUGACUGCAUCCCUCUUUUCCAUCAUUGGUGACAUGGUGAUUCAGGGAACCUUCCUGACCCCCACUGGCUUGUUUUUGGUUUCAAUGGCAAUUAUGUAUGCUGUGACAGCAUUACUACACCCAGAGGAAUGGGGAAUGAUCAUCUAUGGUCUGAUGUAUUUCAUCUGUAUCCCCAGUGGAUACCUCCUACUGACCAUCUACUCACUGGUUAACAUGCACAUUGUGACCUGGGGCACAAGGGAAUCCAACAAGGGGGAAGGAGAAGUGAAGAAGAAUCAUAAUAUGCUGUGUGACAGAAACUGUAAGCUUUGCUGCUGGGACAUGAAGCUACAGAUAACACAGGAAACAGAGAAUGUGAUGCUUCGACAGAUUACAGGCCAGACUGCACAGGAAGCCCCUCUCUAUCCAAUCACCAACCAGGACUCAUUAAUUCCAAAAGCAGCAGCAAAGAUGGAGCCUCAAGCCAAAGUUGAUCUAAGCACAGAAGAAGCUGUGAAAGGAGCCAAGAAUCAUCCAACUAACAAACAGAACUGGAAGCGAGCAAAAGACAACGACACUGCUUCCAGUAGCAGUGAUGACAGUAUCAACAAAAAAAGUAUAUACGAAAAGGUUGACCUUGAGGAAGACGAAGACUUAAUGAUGACUGACCUAGAGGAAACCGAGGAAACGUUCAAAGACUGGGUAAUGCCGGUGAAAGAAGAAUUUUUGAAGAAGCUGACUUAUUUCAACAUGAAGAGAAAUCUAGAGGAACAAAUACGAUACACACUCCGUAACAAACAUGAGGACGACGUGUGUGAGGAGUUGGUCUUAAUGUUAACAGACACUCUUAAUGGAGAGCUAAGUGGAGUGGGGCCUGAAGAUGUUCUGUCAGAAAGCCAGCUGGAGGAGUUAGAAUAUGCCCUGGAAGAGCAUUCUCGGCGUAUCCUUAGAACCAGUCAAAUGGAGAAAUUAGAGAAAAGGGUAUCCGCAGCAAUCAAGAAAACACUCACCGCCCCGCAAGUCAAAAAACUUGAUGAGGGUGAACAAGACUUCUGGAACAAGUUACUCGAUCGGUACUUGAAUCCUAUUGUGGAGACUAAAGAACAUCAAGAGGAAGUCACCAGAGAAUUAAAGUCACUACGCAACAAGGCUGUGUUCCUGUAUUUCAUCAUCAACGUGCUGUGGGUGGUGGCUACCUUCUUCCUGCAGGCCAUUGGAAAUGAUGUCAUCAGCAUCAAAAUCCCUAAAUACUUUCCUAACGGAACUGCAUCUGGAGAAAUCCUCAAGGUGGAGCCUCUCAGUUUGAUGUUCCUGUUGUCUUUUGCUGUUCUUCUCAUAAUCCAGUUUCUGGCCAUGUUAUAUCACAGAGUCUACACUCUGAUCCAUGUGGUGUCCUAUCGCAGCACAGAGAAAGACUACAAGCCGAGAGAAGAUGAGGAGGAUGAUGAUGAUGGCUUGACUCUGGAAAACAGCAGCGCCAAAGGACUUGGGUUUUACGAUGACCUGUAG